ACACAGAUACACAGUGACACCUAAAACAAAACCAGAGGCUCUGGUCUUCCCCGCGGGACCUUCUGCACCAUGACAGUUCCACACUCGUCUUGUUGCGCUUCCCGUCUCUUCUUCCUCUUCUUCUUCUUCCUCUUCUUCUUCUGCGGGCCGAGGUGCACGCACACGGCUCCCGAUUUCUCCUGUAAGUGCGUCGUAUUUGCUGACACGUCGUCAACAGGGAAAGUUGCUGAAACUGCUGACUGCUCACUUCGCCGAGGAACACGUUCAACAUCCCUUUCGUUUAUCUGGACUUCCUGUUUCGACGAAAAACAGCUGCAGCCGCUGGAGCCGGAGGGGCCCCGACGUCAGGGCGAAGAGAGCUCUGAUGACAACAGACUGUGUUUUGAUUUGAAAUCCUCUGUUAUUUGGACCUGGAAUUACCUUCACUCCAUUCUGAAAACCCACACGGUGCACACAUGUGAAGGCAGCACGCUGUCCAUCCGAUGUCCGUCCAGGACGUCUGUGUCGGUCCUCUCGGCGUUUUAUGGACGUCGCGUUCCCAGUCAGCAUUUAUGCCCCUCCGCAGACUCAAACGCAACAGUGGAUGAAGACACGGCGUGCUCCUCGUCAAUCGCUGUCCAGAAAGUUCUGUCUGAGUGUCAGGACCGACGUUCCUGUCACAUCCCGGUCUUCAAUCCAGUCUUCGGACCGGACCCCUGUCCAAUGACAAGCAAGUACCUGCUGGUCUCUUACAAAUGCAGACCAGAGCAGCAUCACACCAGGCUCGUAUGUGAAAACGAGCGUCUGAGGCUGUCCUGUAAAAACGACACGGUGCUGCUCAUCUACUCUGCCACAUUCGGACACCUGCUGCACGGGAGUCCCUUCUGUCCCCAGGAACCUCCCGAGUCCAGAACUGAUAUGGAGUGUCUGUCCCCGUUGGCCCUGAGGAAGGUUUCUCGUCGAUGUCACGGCAGAUCCAACUGUUCCGUCCUGGCCGAUAUUCAGACCUUUGGGGAACCGUGUUUCCCUGGAACCAGGAAACAUCUGCGUGUCUCCUUCACUUGUGUUCCUCAGUAUCUUCUGGAGGAUAUGGAUCGAGGCUCCUCAGAUCCAUUUCUGAUUUCAGACGGUCUCCCAGAGAAGGUGGCCCUCUACUUUGUGUCUGGCAUCUGCGCUGGUCUGGUCUUCCUCCUCUGCCUGUUUGGGAUUCGCUCCACACUGGUGAAGGACGUGAGAGAAGUGGUCUCUGACCUGAAGGACGAGCUGAGAAAGAAUCAGAGGCGGCGCAGAGAGCUAAUAGAGGACCUUUACGAGGACCAGAUUUCAGACACGUCGUCCUUCUGCCGACUCACGAAGUCCAAACGCUCCGAGGACAUCUUCAGCCCGUCCAUCCUGACAGUGGAGAUGCUGGAGCGCGGGAACGCCGAACAGAUGAGGGAACUACCCAAUGGAGACAUGUGGCCUCAUGGAGACUCCAGCCCUUAUUCAAUUACUACAAUGAUCAACUACAACAAGUGACAUCAAGUUUCAUCUUCUCCUGAGUACGAAAUAAUAAAAAAAAAA